ACUAAUCACUAACAAACUGUUUCAUUUGCUUUCCAUCUGUCAACCCCCACCUGUCAAUCUCGCCAUCUGUUUCAUCUUGCUUUCGCGGUUGGCACGAAUGUUGGAGGGAUAGCUGUGAGACUGGGUUGGGUCCCUCUCCAACCACUUCCUGAGUUGCUUCAACUCCAUCUUCUGGAAUUAUAUCCAAUGCUGGAGACAAUUCAGAAAUAUCUGUGGCCCAGACUAUGCAAGCUGGAUCAGCAAACAUUGUACGAACUACAUGACCAGAUGAUUACAUUUGGAAAGGAGCAAAGAACAGGUGUUCUGCUUCUGCAAUGUUAUGUGCAGAUUGUAAGGAAGAUUGCAGGCAUCAAAUUCCACGCAUGCUGAGGACCAAAAUUUAAUCUGAAGGGAUACAAACCUAGCUUCAUAUCUGGAGGUGGUGGCUAUGCUAGCAGUAGGUGGUGCAGUGCUCUUCAAGCAGGUGCCUCGGUGAUAUAGUGGCAUGAAGUGUUUUAAUAUUUCAUGGGAUCAUACACAUCUAAUUUGUAAGGUAAACCCGAUUUCUUUUUCCUAUUGUGUUUUUCGUCAGAGAAUAUCUAUUUUCUAAUGACUUUUGGAGGGCAUGAAGUCAUAUUUUUAUACAAACUAUCAGAUAUCCCUUUUGUGGUUUGAUUGAGUGGAUGGAGACAUCUUUGUUGAAAUUUAUACAAACUGGACAUAGAAGUAGGAUAAAGUAUACUGGGGCUGUUUAAUAACUUGGAAAUUGGCUUGCACAUGAGAUCAAGAUGUGUAGGGCUUAUCCAUUAUCUAGGGUUCAAAUAGUUUCUAUGGUUGUCAACACGCUCAAAAGUAAGCAAGGUCUUCAUUAACUGUGAUAGUAAGACUAAAAUGAAAGCAGCGGCAGUAAUGACGGUUGUUCUCUCCUAUUUUAAUUGGUUAUCUUUUCUAAUGUAGGUCCUCAUUAGAUUGUAUAUGCACUUGAUAGUUUACUUAUCAGAAAAAAGUAUUUGCACUGGGGUAGCCUUUUAGUAUUUGCAUCUCUGUAACUUUUUAGUGGAAUAUGGCAGCACAUAUUUGGACUACUUCAAAUUUCAAAUAUCUCUCUCUCUCUCUCUCUCUCUCUUACCUCUUCCAUCUUCAUCUUUGGUGAGGGGUCCUUCGAUCACCACUCGAAUCUGUACACCUCCGGCAUGUGCAUCGGCAAAGUACAGCCCUCUAUGAGAAGCGCUGCCAUGUAAGUUUCUUUCUCUUUCCAAUUCAUGAACCUUAAUUUCUGCUAUACAGCCCUUGCAGCCAGCUACCUCUCUAUUGUCAUUAUCUAAUUGGGUUAAAUAUCUACUUGACCCUUAAGCUAACCAACUUUUGUAUACUUCGCCCUAUAACUACCAAAUAGUUACUCCUUCCAUCCAAUCCCUAACACCCAUCCAAUUGUCUAACGGAAAACGUAACCCCUCUUCCCAAAGUGUGGUUUUGGUGCCAAAACUAGGGCACAACAAGGGUAAUCUCGACAUUCCAAGUGAAACCCUAAAUCCUAAUGCAACCAAAACACCUUCAUCCCUUUUUACGGUAAUAAAAACGCAGAACAAUAAAAAAACAGAGAGAGAGAGAGAGAGAGAGAGAGAGAGAGAGAGAGAGAGAGAGAGAGAGAGAGAGAGAGAGAGAGAGAGAGAGAGAGAGGCAGUUUACAAUGGCAUGGAUCUUGAGAGCUCCAAAUGGAAGAAAACCUCAAUGUAAGGCUUUUAUUUAUGGAAUUUCAGUAUUGCAUGAUUUUAUAAGCCUCCUGUUUUAAUAUGAUAAUCUCACCCCUUUAGGGCUUUAUGAAUUAUUAUAUGGGUACCACUGAUAAUGGCUGUUUUUAUAUGUUUGUUGUGGAAUUUGUGCAUUUAUGGUCCCAAUGUGGCCCUACAAGUUGAGGAAUUUUUUUUUUUAGUAUAAAGUUGUCUGGAAGUGCAUAAAAGUUGCAUGUUUGUUUACUUGCCCCUUUUAACAAUCGAAAAUUUGUUUACCUACAAUCCAAACUACCAGCAUUUUUGUGUUCCUUUUGUUUGGACAACAGAAACUGGUUGUUUAUUGGUUUCAUAUAUACCUUUGUAGAUUCAUGUGCUGAGUAUUUUAUUAUCAAGUUAAAUCAUGAUGGAAAUAUAGUUAGGGAGGAUAUGAUAGAGUAUAAUGUUGGUGGUACUGUGAGCUACAUUGAUUACUGUGAUAAUGAUAGAAUUUCUAGAACAGAGUUGCAUGCAAUGUGUAAGGAAGUUGCAUGUGUGGAAGAAGUAGAUCUCUUCUACAAGGUUAGUGGUUUAGAUGAAAAAUGGUUUUUUAAGAAGAUCCAAACUGAUAGUGAUGUCACAAGCAUGGUUGAAAGCCGUAAAAAUGAUUUGGUGGAAGUGUAUAUAGGGGAUAGUAAUUUGGAAGGUCCUACUAUUGUUGAACAAACUGCCAAUGUGGAUGUGGAACAUGGCCUCCUAGAUAUUGAUACUAGCAAUUGGGAAUGGGAUGGUGGAAUAUUUUUACAGGACACCCUUACUGUUGUGGAUUUGGCAACUCACAUACCUUCCAUUACACCAAACCCACCACCCGCCAAUGAACCACCACCCACCUUUACAAGAAAACAAGCUAGAAGAAGAAAAGUUUAUCAUGAUUCUGAUUCUGAAACUGAUAAUGAGGUUUUUAUAGACAGUGAUUAUGACCUGAGUGAAGUUGAUGAUGCCUUGUUUGAUGAGAAUGUGGAUGAAGACGUAGAGUGGUGUGGUGUGAGGAAAAAAAGAAGAGAUAUAACUAAAAUCCUCCAUAGUUGUUUGUCUGAAACUGAAUCUGAGGCGGGGGAUUCCUCAGAUGGGUUUUUGAGUUUUGACUCAUCUUCUGAUGAAGACAGGGAGGAUAGGCCAAAGUAUAGGAAAUAUAGGCUUAUUAAUGCAAUAAGGGACUUGUUGCCUUUUGUGGAACAUAGACACUGUGUUAGGCAUCUACACAGCAAUAUGAAGAGAGCUGGAUAUACAGGUGAAGCUGUUAAAGACAGGCUGUGGAAUCUUGACAGAGCUACCUACAUGGGGAGGUUUAAAACCGUUACGGAAGAGUUCGAGAAAGAGGACGGGCCAGCUUUAAGUGGCUUUCUAAGCAUGAACCCAACCACUGGCCUAGAUCACAUUUUAGUGUGGCCCCAAAAUGUGACAUGCUGUUGAACAACAUGUGUAAGUCAUUCAAUGCUGCAAUACUAGAUGCUAGGGACAAGCCAAUAAUAACCUUGCUAGAGAGGAUUAGGAUUUAUAUGAUGAGGCAUUUAGUGAGGAGGAGGGAUUCUAUUAAAAAAUGGCAUGGUCGGAUAGGUCCAAAGAUUGUGAAGUUGUUAGAGAAGAACAUUGCACUAUGCAAAGAAUACAUUGUUGUCUUAACUGGGGACAACCAGUUUGAAACUAGCGGUUUUCAUGGAAACAAUUUUUGUGUUGACAUGACAGCCAAUACGUGCUCUUGUAGAAGAUGGUAGUUGACAGGUAAUACAUUGUAUCCCUUGUGCACAUGCACUUUGUGUCUUGAGGGAGUCAAACAAAAAACCUGAUGAUAUUGUGCAUAAGUACUACAAGAAGCAGACCUACGUCAAUACCUACUAGCAAGUAAUCUACCCCAUGAAUGGAAAGGAUAUGUCUAAAGAUUGUGAAGUUCUUAGAGAAGAGCAUUGCACUAUGCAUGGAGUACGUUGUUGUCUUAACUGGGGACAACCAGUUUGAAACUAGAGGUUUUCAGGGAAACAAUUUUUGUGUUGACAUGACAGCCAAUACAUGCUCUUGUAGAAGAUGGGAGUUUACAGGUGUCCCUUGUGCACAUGCACUUUGUGUCUUGAGGGAGUCAAACAAAAAACCUUAGGAUAUUGUGCAUAAGUACUGCAAAGAAGCAGACCUACAUCAAUACCUACAAGCAUGUAAUCUACCCCAUGAAUGGAAUGGAUAUGUUGGAGCAGACAAGCAAACCUCCCAUUCAAUCCGCACAUUACACCUGGAAGGGAGGGAGGCCCAAGAAAUGCAGGAGAAGGGAUGCAAAUGAGCCACCUGCUCCAAGUGAUGGAACUAAGAAAAUGAGAAGGAAUCUGAAGAAACUGAGUACGAGAAGAUGUGGGGGAAAGGGGCCCAAUGUGAGGACUUGCCCA